GUGGGCUAGUGUGAAAUGUAUAGCGUAGGCGUUAGCUAUAUCAAGCACAGGUCAGCGUGCACUAGAAAGGGAAAUGUGAUACACUUCUUGGCGCCAAAGGAGAGAGGAAGGGAAAGGAACUACUGCACUCGGACUACAUACAUUUGUUGUGUAUUGUUGGAGUGUAAGGCGCAAGUAUCUGAAUUUCCCUGUGCAAGAUACAAAAAAUUUGCAACUGAGGAUCUAGCCUGGGAUUUUGUGAAUUCAGGUGAAAGUACCUUCUCUCAUCACAUUUUUCCUGUACCAAGUAUGGCAGACUCAACAGCUUCUUUGAAUGCAGUUCGCAAAACAGCCAAGAAAUUACAGAGUCAGCAUGAAGUGAUGUUAUCAACCUAUGGGACACUGUGUGAGCAGAUUGAUUCCCUAGAAGAAGCACAAGGGGGGUCCAGCCUUAAGCGAUCCAGCUCUGAUGGACCAUCGGACAAGGGAAGCAAGAAACUCAAAACUGAAGACUCCUCUGAUGCUACCGGCUGGUCUGGUACUCCAUUCACCGACUCCAGUGCUCCCUCAGUCUACACUGACGGGGCAUGUUUCAACAAUGGAAAGAAAGGAGCAGUGGCUGGGAUAGGGGUUUUCUGGGGCCCGGGACACAAGAAUAACUGUUCUGAAAGGUUGGGUGGCAGACCAACAAACAACAGAGCUGAGAUACAUGCUGCAGUGAAGGCUGUGAAGCAGGCCAAAUCCAUGGGACACAAGAACCUGGUGAUUAACACGGACAGUGAAUUCCUUAUCAACUGUAUCACCAAGUGGAUAAAGGGAUGGAAGAAGAAGGGGUGGAAGACCUCAGCUGGGUCGGAUGUAGCCAAUAAGGAGGACAUCCAGACCCUGGACGAAGCCCUUCAAGGACUGAAUGUCAAAUGGAUGCAUGUUCGUGGACAUCAAGGUAUCCCUGGAAAUGAGGCCGCAGACAAACUUGCCAAUGAGGGAGCCAGGAAACCCUCUGUUGACUAGCUGAAAACACAUGCAGACAAAAUGUAGCCGAACACUAUGAGUACUUGUAUUCAAAUGAGAAUGUGGUGAUUGGUAUCUAAGCUUUCUACAGCUUACAAGUUAUUGUACUUCUUUCUAUAUGAUAUGUCAUCUGUAGGUAAAGUAGCAUAUAGGUAUUGUAGGCUGCAUGUGUUUGUUUGCAUUUAUUUUGAUAUGGAUCCUUGAUGCUUUUGCAUGAAAUAUAUAUACUACUCAAUUAAAAGUUAAGGAUCGGCCAAUUAUUUCAUAUUACAAUAGUUUUAAUCUGUCAUAGCAUUACAGAUUAACUAUAGCAAUAUGAAAGAAUCGGGUGGUCCUCAACUUUUUUUUAGUAGUAUAGGUCAUUUAUUGUUAUCAGCUUUCUCAUUAAAUCAUACACAACUAUCAUGAUAUCAUAGCUAGUUACUACUGCAGAACCUGGCUGGUUGAUUGCAAACACUAAUAUCAGUAUGCCAAAGAUUAUUCUUGCACAGGUGUUAUGAGAAAUUUGGAUAACUUUUAUGGAUGUUAUUCCCUUAACGCAGGUGGUUGGUAGCCUUGCAGCAAGUACACCAGUUACUCUGAGGCGAGAACAAACAGAUAAUAAACCCUGUAUUACUCUACCACUGAUAUGAUUUUGACCAACGAUGCAUGAAUCUCCAGAGUGUUCUACUGGUCAUAAUGGUUAUAUAAAUGAUUUGCAUGGUCAUAUAGACAUGUAAUUUGUUAUAGAGAUUAUAUACUAGUUUAUGUUUAUGUUUAUGUUUUAUUGGAGUUGUACUUAUUUACUUCAUUCACAAAUUAUGAGUUGAAGUCCCUGUGUCUGUUAAUCCUGUUUUAGGUUCGUAGACAUUAACUUACUUGUAAACAGAGUUAAGAACUUGCAUUCCAUUCCCGUACUACUGUGUUGAAGCAAUUCUGUUUUGCAUAGGAAGAUGCAUUUGUAGAUGUGCCUUACCUUAACAACUUUUUCUUGCUAAUUUUGUCAACAAGCAGGAUAACUUACACGAUCAUCAUGUUUUGUUCAUUGUUACUCUCCAAAUUAGGCAAUAUUCCAGUGAUAGGAUGGUGACAUCAAAGUAAAUGAGUCUGGACUAUUACAGUGCUUGACAUCAUGAGCAUUGACUUAAGCUGAAUAAUUUUUACAUAUUUUAAGCCAUCAAGACAUGAACUAAGUAAGAUUUACUCUGUUCUAAGUUCAUUUUGUCUACCCCGCAGUGAUGUAACUGCAAGAUUAAUAGCUGCCUAAAAUUCUACUCACUUUGAGAGAUACCGUAUUCGACGUAAUAAGCCCCCAGGGCGCUCUCAAAAUUAGAAUAUAACUUUGGUGAGAGAAAAAACAGUGUUGAAAGAUCGUAAAUUUCAUGGUUUUUGCUGACAGCCUGAAAUGAUACAAAAGAAAAAUCUGUGCAUAUUAUACACGACAGAUAUAUUUUUCAGAAGUUAAUUGCCCAUAAUUAAGAGUGCAUAUUAUACACGAAUACAUAAGUCUUGUGUACAUUGAUCAAUGGGAAGGGAUGCUAAUUGGGAUUGUUCACUAGCCAAUAUAUUAGCAAAUAUAGCCGUGGGCGCUUAUUAGAGCAGGGCGUUUAUUACGUCGAAUACGGUAAUAACAAUGCUUCUUUUCUUUCAACAAAGUUUAUUAUGUCAAGGAAAGGCAUAUCUGCAUUGUCUGGAGAUUCCUAUGUACUGACAUGACUGCCUUGCUUACUGUGCUCUGCUUAUUAUGUACAGUACAUAUUGAAUUGUGUUCAAUAUACAUCCUGUCAUGAACUGACAUGGACAUUGUUGCCUUUACUACUUUCAGCUCAAAAUUGGGAAAAACUUAUCAAAGAAUCAUUACUUUAAUCAGCUUUUUGAAGCACUGGUAAUAUAUUGCAAUACACUUUUGUGCACUGAAUACUCACCAUCGCAUGUUAUGAUGAUGUAUCACGCGGAUGAAUGAAAGAUAUUUUGAACUCAUGUUAGAUUAUUUUAUUGCAUUUAUUUGUGAGGUAAGAAUAAAACAUUGUUUCUGAUUUGAAAAAAGCAUUAAUGUGGAUUAAUGAGAUAUCUUUCCCCACUAUUUAGGGCCUUCCCUUGUCACAAUGCCAAACUUUGCCGAUAGGUUACAAGACAUUUAUCAUUUUGUUUUACAUAAUUGACCAAGAACAAAUUGCACAAAAAAAACCAAUUCUUUUGUCCUAGAAUGAAAUGGACUACCCAGAAAAGGAUCUUCCAGGACUCCUGUUAACCUAGUCACAUUAACCUGAUCACAUGGCGAAACCCUGCAUUUAAUGUCAUGUUUAUGGACACACAACGUUGCCUUACAAGUCAUAGUUUGAAUUUGCUUUGUUAUGUCAUAUGGUUUGUUUUCAUGUAGAAAUAGUACAACUUCUUGAAUAAACAUUUUGACAAAUA